UCAGGCAGACAAGUUAGACUAGUUCAGGCAGAACUAGUUCAUGCUUUACAUUGUGAUUUUAAUCUUUGCUACAGUCUUAUUUUACUACAGUAAACUGUCAUUUCUGGUAGCUCCGUCGGUCAGCUAGCUCUGUACAAUUUCCAUUAGCUAAGGAGCCGCGAUGUCAAUAACUUAACACUGAAGUUAACGUUAGCAGUAUCAUUAAAUAACGGACUAGCCAGUUAGCUUGCGACAGCUGUCCCAACACAGGGUGGGAGGAAAUUAUUAGAUAGACAUAACUUUGAACAGAAUUCGGUUUUUCUUUUUUUUAUUGGUGGAGUUAAUUCAGUCUGGUUUUGGUCAGCUCGCUUGUAGUUUUGCCUCUCUAGAUGGGAACUUAGCAUCGUUUUAGUAUGGCUGGCUAGCUGUGCUGCUGUCGUUCAGAGGAAACGCUAACUCUUUAGCUUUUCAGAGUUUGUAGUGGCUGUCGUGAUGAAGUAGUUGUUCGAUAAUACAGCCGGUAUGGUGUGUGUGUUACCACUGGUGAGUAAACCACACCUAAAACGGGGAGUGUCACGAAACACUUGUCACUUUGUCAUUUCUUCGCUGCCGCCAUCACAACAGCCUAUCAGACUCUCAGAGCUCGAUAUCCUUACAUCCGUGUUCUCUUUCCCUCCCCGAUGGUCAGCUCAUGUCAAGUUGAACAGCUGUCGAUGAGACACCUGGUCAAGCAUGAAGGCCCUGGGAUCCAGAUUCUCCUUCUAUGCGGGUUUCGUGGUGGGAACCUUCACACUUUACGUGUUUCUGCGGCAGAUUUGGUUUGAGAGGACUGUGACAGCGCAGCAGGCCUUCAGCUUGGGAAAACUUCAUGAACACUCACACUUUGAGGAAGACAAGAACAUAUGGAAGAAAGAGAGAUCUGCUCUUUUCAACCUGAAACACCCUCAUCAUAUCGGUGAGGAUAGCUACAUGGCUGAUGCCCUGUACAAAAAGGUACGCAUUCUUUGCUGGGUGAUGACUGGACCCAGCAACCUGGAGAAGAAGGCCCGGCAUAUAAAGUACACAUGGAGCCGCCACUGCAAUAUUGUGGUUUUCAUGAGCUCUGUGGAUGACCCUGACUUCCCUACGGUUGGAUUAGGCACAAAGGAGGGUCGUGAUCAGCUGUACUGGAAAACGAUCCGUGCCUUCCAUUAUGCCUACGAGCAUCAUGCUAAUGAAGCAGACUGGUUCCUCAAGGCAGAUGAUGACACCUAUGUAAUAGUAGACAACCUGCGCUGGGUGCUUGCAAACCACACACCUGAUGAGCCAAUUUACUUUGGGAGAAGAUUUAAACCUUACGCCAAGCAGGGAUACAUGAGUGGUGGUGCGGGCUAUGUACUCAGCAGAGAGGCUCUACGAAGAUUUGUAGAUGGUUUUCAAAACAAAGUGUGCACUCACACUACCUCUGUAGAGGAUCUGGCAAUGGGUCAGUGCAUGGAGAAAGUUGGGGUGCUGGCAGGGGACGCCAGAGACACUGCACUCAGGGAGACAUUUCACCCCUUUGUCCCUGAGCAACACCUCACUGCCAAGUUCCCAAAAAGCUUCUGGUACUGGAGCUACUGCUACUACCCUAUUUCAGAGGGUCCAAACUGUUGCUCGGAUCUCUCGGUGUCUUUCCAUUAUGUUGAUGCUGCAACCAUGUAUUUACUGGAAUACUACACCUAUCACCUUCGUGCCUUUGGAUACAAAUACCGGUAUGAUCCCCCCACCCCUAAGAGUUACAUAAUUGAACAGUCGAGUUCCUGGGACACUGCAGAGGGACAAAAACAGCUGGCUUCUCAGGAGAAAGAACAAGGAGAGGUGGAUAAACCAUCUAGGGCUGACCAGAAACAAGAUGCAGAUCCCCCUCCUGUAGCUAAUAAAGACAUUCUUGAAGCUCCAGCAGGCAAAUGACACCAACACUGUGUGGGUGUGUUAAGACAUAGAGGUUGUUUUGAGUGUUUGAUUUUUCAUUGUAAUGAUUUUGGCUCAUACUACUUUAAUCCUUUAAUGCCUGAAUGUGAAUCAUAUUUGAUACAUACAGUUUUUGAAGUCCUUUUGCUUCACUUUAAGGUAAAAACCUCUCAAAACCUUGUAUACAAUCUGAUGCUUGUUUUAUGCCCUCCCCUCAAGUGGAUACCUUUUGCACUACAAUAAUCUUGACAUAUUACCUGGUAAUAAACAGCAGUGUUUCCCCUACCAACUUCACAAGAAGGUCUAGUUAAUUUCAUCCUCUUCUCUCUAUAUCACACACUGCAAUAUCACCGCCUCACACCCCCAUUCUUACCACCCCAGUGCCAAAAACCUGGGGGAAACACUGAACAGUAAAUAUACAAGACUUCAGAUUAAAAUAAAUAAAUAAAAUUCAUAUAUUCUCCCCACUUUUUUAUUGGGUUGGGCUUUAAAGGGUUAAAAGCAGAAAAAUGGUCCACUUUGAUCUAAAGGCAUGUUACACACAUAAUGAUUUUUUUAAUCUUAUGAGAUUUUUUAUCUGGUCAAGACCUCACUUGUGAAGAUUACAACAAUCAGUUUUGAUUGUAUUGUGUGUGGUGUGCUCCGAAAAUGUAAUCACAGAACAACACACACAUAACAAUGUCGAAACGUAGAAGAAGAAGAAACAUAGUAACAACCGAAAAACACAACACACAGCAUGGAAG